AUGUCAAAACAUAGAAUUUCCUAUUUUUAUGAUGAAGAAAUAGGAAAUUUUUAUUAUGACGAAGGACACCCAAUGAAGCCAAUUCGAGUUCGUAUGACACACGAACUUGUUCUCGCUUACGGAUUACAUGAACACUUAGAAAUUUUUCGACCAAGGCACGCCACACCACAAGAAAUGAUGAAAUUUCAUUCUCUAGACUAUAUCAACUUUUUAAGAACAACAAAUCCGCAUAAUGUUUCAUCUCAUCCAGUAAGUGAAUUAAAAAGAUUCAAUAUAGGAGACGAUUGUCCGAUUUUCGAGAACAUUUUUGAAUACUGUCAAAUAUCUGCUGGUGGAAGUAUCUGCGCCGCCCAAAGAUUAAAUUCCGGAUUAUGCCAUAUCGCAAUCAAUUGGGCAGGUGGUCUCCAUCAUGCUGCGAAAGAUCAUCCUAGUGGAUUUUGCUAUAUCGCAGAUUGCGUUCUAGGAAUUAUCGAAUUAUUAAAAUAUCAUCCACGCGUAAUGUACAUUGAUAUCGAUAUACAUCACGGAGAUGGUGUUGAAGAAGCAUUUUACAACUCAGAUCGCGUUCUUACAUGCUCUUUCCAUAAAUUUUCGAGAGAUUUUUUCCCAGGCACUGGCCACAUUUAUGAUGUUGGCAUUGAUGUUGGAAAAUACUACGCAGUUAAUGUCCCUCUACAAGAUGGAAUAACUGAUUCAGCUUACGAGAAAAUUUUCAAACCGAUAAUUAAACAUUUAAUCGAAUGGUUCAGGCCAGGAGCCAUUUUACUACAAUGUGGAGCCGAUUCUCUCGUUGGAGAUCGUCUUGGCUUCUUCAAUCUUUCAACAAAAGGCCAUGGAGAAUGUGUAUCUUACGUAAAAUCGUUUGGAAUACCUCUUUUGGUUUGUGGAGGUGGUGGAUACACUAAGGAAUCUGUUGCAAGAUGUUGGGCAUACGAAACAUCCCUUCUUUGUGGUGUUGACGUCGGAAAUAAUCUUCCUGAAACAGAUUACAGUCCAUUCUUAGUCAAACAGUGUCCAAACCUCCAUUUAACACCUGAUCCAAGAAUGAGGAACAAGAAUUCCGAUGAAUACUUGGAUGGAAUCUACAAAAUAAUUGUUGAGAACUUGAGACACCUUCCUGGAGCUCCUUCAGUACAAAUGCAGGAACUUCCUCCAAGAGCUGCUGUUCUAAAGCCACAAAAGGUGUCAACAGCUCCAAAAAAGUUUUCUGAGCUGCUCUGCCAGAAAUUGAACUUAAAUGACGAAAAUGAUGAUGAAGAAGAGGAAGAAUACGUUUAA